AUGCCGUCCGUGCUCGUGCUCUACCGCCUGAAGCCGGACGUUCUCGCUCACCUCGCCGGCCGCUUCCGCCUCCUCGACUCCCACGCCUCGCCGCUCCCACUGGAUGCCUUCCUCGUCGCCGCGGCCGCCGACGAUGACCCCCCGUGCGCGGCCGUCGUCCCAGGCAGCGGCGUCGUCCGCAUCGACGCGGCGUUCCUUGACACCGUCCCGUCGCUGGGCUGCAUCGUGUCCGUAAGCGCGGGCCUCAACCACGUCGACCUCCCCGAGUGCGCACGCCGCGGCGUCGCCGUCGCCAACGCCGCGGGGAUAUACUCCGCCGACGUCGCCGACUACGCCGUCGGCCUCCUCAUCGACGUGCUCCGCGGCGUCUCGGCCGGCGACCGCUUUCUCCGACGCCGCCGCCACGAGUCCCUCCUCCUCUCCCCCGUCGGCGGAUCCAGCCUCCGCGGGAAGCGCGUCGGGAUCAUCGGCCUCGGCAGCAUCGGAUCGGGGAUCGCGAGGCGGCUCGAAGCAUUCGGAUGCGUCGUCUCGUACCACUCCCGGCGGCAGAAACACGACAUCUCCUACACCUACCACCCCACGAUCCUCGACCUCGCCGCGAGCUCCGACGUGCUCGUGGUGGCGUGCGCGCUGACCGCCGAGACCCGGCACGUGGUGGACAGGGCCGUGCUGGACGCGCUGGGGAGCGGCGGCGUGCUGGUGAACGUGGCGCGCGGGGCGAACGUGGACGAGGCGGAGCUGGUGAGGGCGCUGGCGGAGGGCAGGAUCGCCGGCGCCGGGCUGGAGGUGUUCGAGGACGAGCCCAACGUCCCGGCGGAGCUGCUGGGCAUGGACAACGUGGUGCUGACGCAUCACCAGGCCGCGUACACCCCGGAGGCCAUGGCCGACCUCGACCGCCUCGUCGCCGGAAACCUCGAGGCCUUCUUCGCUGGCGCGCCGCUGCUGACACCCGUCCUCGUCUUCGACUGAUCAUGCGGAGGUUGCCAGCCAAAAUUUGAGCUUGGAGUCGAAAUAGUCGUGAGUCUUUUUACCAUGGGUUUGGGGAAGAAA